UGCAAGAUUAAGGCACAUCCACAUUGGCUUCACUUUCCAGACACGGAGGUUGCUGCUGCCUGAACAGCACCUAAUCCCAUGUUAUUGCUUCUAUAUGUCAUUACAUUUUUGGCAUUAUGGUUUACGGUUUAAGACCUGCUCUAUAUAUAUAGAGCGUCUCGAGAUAACUUCUGUUAUGAUUUAACGCUAUAUAUAUAAAAAUAAAUUGAAUUUUUAGCAACUUUUAGGGAAAUUGUCCUUUUUGUGGAACACAGUAUACUAAGGUUUGAAACUGCAAGGUGAAUGGCUGCAGAUGGUUAAAUAUGGUGUCUGAUGAGAGAAUAUAUUUAAUGUUAUAAUUGUAUCCAGUGGUUUAAAGGAUGGAUAUCUUGUUGUUUGAAGGUUCUGGUGAAGAAUAUAAAACAAUCUAAGCCUCCUUCUAUACUUUAAAGAUGUAGAUUGAAGAUCAUGUGUGUCCUUAUACAUAAUAAUGGGGGCUAAAAUGGUUAAAGACACACAAACACACACACACACACACACACUGGUUUAGACAGCCAUGCAUGGCUGAGGAGACCUAACAGUUAAAGAUCAGCUGCAGCGUUAUUCUGCGCCACGCCUCCACCAGCUCUCCAGCUCUCCAGCUCUCCAGCUCGGCACCUGGUCUCUCCAGCAGCAGCAGUCAGUCCGUCAGUUGCGCUGUUGCAGAGCGGAUUUGCAGAGAAGAGAAAAAGAAGCAGCAGCAAGCAGAAGCGAAUGGGGGAGAAGAGGAAGAGGAGGAGAAUGUGACAACUGCUGGAUGCGGACAGAGAGUGUGUGCGGCUUGGCUACACACACACACACACACACACACACACACAGGCCUGGUUCUCUUGCACCUGUCCGUCUCCGUCUCCAGCAGGCGCAGUUUUGGGGCGAGAGAGAGAGCGACGCUCCUUUUUUUUUUAUUUCUAAGGCAGGAGGCGCACAUACUGUACACACACACACACACACACACACACACACAGGGCAGGCUGGCAGCAACAUGACUUCAUCCUACAAUCUGGAUUUUCUGCCCGAUAUGAUGGUGGAGAGCCGCCUGCUUGUUCCCGGAGACAGAAUUAACGGCACGGCCGGGAAGAUGAACGGGGCGCUGGAGCAUUCGGACCAGCCGGACCCGGACGCCAUCAAGAUGUUCGUGGGCCAGAUCCCGCGCUCCUGGUCAGAGAAGGAGCUGAAGGAGCUGUUUGAGCCGUACGGAGCCGUCUACCAGAUCAACAUACUGCGAGACCGCAGCCAGAACCCUCCACAGAGCAAAGGCUGCUGUUUUGUCACGUUUUACACAAGGAAAGCUGCCCUUGAAGCCCAGAAUGCACUGCAUAACAUAAAGACCUUAACAGGGAUGCACCACCCUAUUCAGAUGAAACCUGCAGACAGUGAGAAAUCUAACGCGGUGGAAGACAGGAAGUUGUUCAUCGGCAUGGUGUCGAAGAAGUGCAACGAGAACGACAUCCGGGUCAUGUUCUCUGCGUUCGGGCAGAUCGAGGAGUGCCGGAUCCUGAGGGGGCCCGACGGACUGAGCAGAGGUGUGUGUCGCUCCGACUCACUUCCAUCCACACGAUGUGCGUUUGUCACGUUUUCCACCAGAGCUAUGGCACAGAAUGCAAUCAAAGCCAUGCACCAGUCUCAGACUAUGGAGGGCUGCUCGUCUCCCAUCGUGGUGAAGUUCGCCGACACGCAGAAGGACAAGGAGCAGCGGCGUCUGCAGCAGCAGCUGGCGCAGCAGAUGCAGCAGCUCAACAGUGCGACCACCUGGGGGAGCCUGACGGGCCUGGGGGGCCUCACUCCGCAGUAUCUGGCUGUAAGGAGAGCCGCCGCGUCGCCCACCAUCACCUCCUCCUCCGUCACCCCUUACUACAGCCCCAUGGCCAACGCCGCCGCAUUGCUCCAGCAGGCAACCUCCUCCAGUAACCUCGGAGCCUUCAGCGGGAUCCAGCAGAUGGCCGGUAUGAGUGCUCUGCAGUUGCAGAACCUGGCCACUUUAGCAGCGGCGGCGGCGGCGGCCCAAAACUCAGCCAGUCCCUCCACCGCAAACGCCCUGUCCGCCAACGCCGCCUCCCUGGGAGCGUUGACCAGCCCAGCGGCGGGCACAACAGCAAGCUCCAACGCCAGCGCCAUGAACUCUCUGACCUCUCUGGGCACCCUGCAGGGCCUGGCAGGCGCAACUGUGGGCCUGAACAACAUUAAUGCACUAGCAGGUAGCGUCAACAUUGCUCAAAUGCUCUCAGGUAUGGCAGCUCUCAACGGAGGCUUGGGCGGCGCAGGGCUCACCAACGGGACGGCAGGCACCAUGGACGCGCUGACGCAGGCUUACUCAGGGAUCCAGCAGUACGCCGCCGCAGCGCUGCCCACCCUCUACAGCCAGUCCCUGCUGCAACAGCAAGGGGCCGCCGGCAGCCAGAAAGAGGGUCCCGAGGGCGCCAACCUGUUCAUCUACCACCUGCCCCAGGAGUUUGGAGACCAGGACAUACUGCAGAUGUUCAUGCCUUUCGGAAACGUGGUCUCUGCCAAAGUCUUCAUCGACAAACAGACAAACCUUAGCAAGUGCUUCGGCUUCGUCAGCUACGACAAUCCAGUGUCGGCCCAGGCAGCCAUCCAGGCCAUGAACGGCUUCCAGAUCGGCAUGAAGCGGCUGAAGGUGCAGCUGAAGCGCUCCAAGAACGACAGCAAACCGUACUGAUCUUAGCACUAGGGUCUAUCUGCUCCCCAUGUUAGCACUGCUAGGGUAAGUCCCCCCACCAAAAGGUGAAAAUGAAAAAAAAAAAAAACAGCAAACCGAGCCACGACCUCUCUACACAGGGACUGGGGGGGGGUGGGGGAGGGAAGGGAGGGAUGUGGGAGGGAGGGGGAGACGACCUACAACCACCCUGAGGGAGACACACACGCCUUGUUUUUUUUUUCUUGUUUUUCUUGCUUUUUUGAAGAUUUUUAUGUUAGCUUUCAAGUAUUAUUAUUUAUUACAAUUUUUUUUUUUUUUUACACACAUGAACGCUUCCAUUACCGCCAUUACUUUGUGCAAUUAUUUUUUCUUUUUCUUUUUUUUUUACAAUGGAAGGAAGUAGCUAUCUUGGGUAGCUUUUUUUAUUUUUUAUUUCUCAGAGAUUAUUUAUACAUUUUUGAGGACUAGUUACAGUCAGAACCGAGGUAAAGACAAAAGGAGCCAUGAUGAUUUUUAAAUAUUUUUUCCUCUCUCUCUCUCUCGUUGUGAACCUGAGGCCUGGCGACGGGUUCAUUUCCUUUUUUUUGACGCGCACGCCGAUAUGCACAUUUCGACCUUUGACCUCCGCGGUGUUGGUUGCAGGCCGCCGCUGCUUCUCCGAAACCCCUCUAUGCCUGCUGGCAACCCGGGAGCAAAGGCUGCAAAACGUUAGUGGCCUCUUUACAUUAUAGUCCGUACAGUUACACUCCACCACCACCACCACAAGAAGAAAAAAAAACAAAUCUACGUCUUAUUAUUUAUGUGAAAAUAAAAACAGAGUUUUUUAUUUCUCAGAAUGGUGAAAAAAAAAAUAAUUAGUAACUACUUUUCUGGGUCAGAUCACAUUGGUCUUUGUUGUGAACGGGAUAUUACAGCAUGCAGAACAUUUUCAAAAAUCCAGAAUUUGAUGAAGGCUAUAAUGAUAAUUCUAAUAAUAAAAAAAAAACAGUUUAUGGGUUUACGGUGGUAACUGAAAAUACUUGAUGUUUGUUGAAAGAUUUAAAAAAUAAUUCAAAGUACAGAAAGCCACAGGCCUGUAAAUUUUAUUUGUAAAAAAAGCAGUUCUAUUUUUAUACAACAUUUUUACUGCCUCAGAUGAAAAAAAAAGGAUUUUAUUUAUUGCCUAUCGUUAAGUUAUUGGACUCCUAUAAAGUAUACAGCAUCAUUAAAGUAGACCCUUGUGGAGAAGUCUCGUGGAAUUGGGUUCUCCGGUGUUUUUCAUGUUUUUUCAGUGCAGAAACCACAAUCACACGCCGCCAUUCGAACCGCAAACCCCCCCCUCUCCGCCCUCCCUGUGUCAUUUAUCCAUUCACUCUGUUCAUCCAUUCAUCUCUCUCUCUUUUUACCGCUCUCUCCCUCUCUCCAUCCAUCCGUAGUGGGACUACUUCUUCACUUCCUCGCGUUUUUACUUAUUUUUUUCAGUGUUUUCCGUUUGUUCGUAGCCCCCCUUUUACCCUAAACCUUCCCAAAGAUUUUGAACAUUUAAAAAAAAAAAAGAAAGACUCCCCAAAAAAUCUCCCAAAAAUAACAUCCAUCUGGGAUCUGAUGGAUAAAGCUUUGGGUGUUCUCUGUUUUUUGUGUACGUGUGAAUGAGUGUUGCCUGUUAGUAAUAGACCUAUAAACAUUAUAUCAUUUAAAGUAAAAAAGAAAAAAAUCAAAGCUAUAAAAAAUUGAAAUCAGUGAGUGGUGUUGCUGUUCUGCCGGUUUGCAUUGUUGUUUGUUUGUUGUUGUUUGUUGUUGAUUUUACACAAAAAAAAAUGCUGUAGUGGUGUGGUGCUCUGGCUCUCUGUGUGUAACUCUCUCCUCUCCCCUGUUUUUUCUUUCCCCCUUUUAGAACAACCCAUCUCCAUGCCUGUUAGCUCAUCGUUUGCCUAGCAUGUCUCCGUGGCGUCCAAAAAAAACUUUUAAACAAAAACAAACAAAAAAAAAUCCCCACCAAAAAAAAAAAAAGUGUCAUCGUCCUCCUCCUCCUCUCCCCGUCAUUGUUUUUUCUGAUGUCUUUUCCGAGCUCACCUGAUCAUAACCUGGUUCUCCUCCUCCUCCUCCUCCGCCGCCGCCUACUGACCUUUUGAACUUUUUUGGAUUUUUAUUAUUAUUAUUUUUUAUUUUUAAUUUUUGUGUUGAUUUUUUUGCAUGUGACCUCAUUUGGUUUUCCGGGAGGGUAUUUCAGGGAGGCGACAAAGGGAGGGGGCGGGCAAGAAAAAUGAAUCAAUGUGAAAAAGAUAUAAAGCUGCAUUCAUAUAUAUAAAAAAAAAAAAUGAGAUUUUUAUGGAAAAACAAAUGUUUUCUUUUUUGGAGAAAAAACAAACCUGUGGCAAAGUGAUUUCCAUUCAGUAUGUUUUCCUGCAUUUUUCUUUGUUUUUUCUUCUUCUUUAUGUCAGUUUUUUUUUUUCUUCAUUUAAAGUAAACUUGAAAGUUCACUACAGGAAUUGGCGCGUCAUCUUGCUUCUGGCGCCGACGACAAAAACGGGCCAGAAGCAGUCCGCGCCAGUUUCUCUGAAAAAUAAGACUACUUCCAAACAGUUUUGAAAUAAAAACUGUCUGAUCAAUAUUAGACUCUCUCAGAGCUCUCCAAUGGUUUUUACAUUUUUCAGGCAGUGUAAAGUUUUUUGAUAAGGCCAUUUUAAGUGGCUCUGUUUCUCAUUCAAAGUCUAUAUAUAGAACCACUUUUUUCUAGAGUAGUUUAAAGGUAAAAAUAAAAAAAGACAUUUGCCCUGUUUGGGUGGGAGAAAUGCUACCUACUUGUGUCACCUUUUGCUGAACUGACUCACAGAUAGACAAUCCGUGGUUUAAAUGCACAUGAUGAAAUGACCUAUAUUUUCUACUGUUUAAAUGUAUAGAGGAAAAAAAAAAAUACUAAGAUACCUGUAACCUGCGUUAACGUCGGUGCUUCUCGUGAGUUUAGUUGUGGUUUCAUCACAAGUCUAACGGUCUUAAAUGUCUCAUGUUUUUCAAGAGAAGACUAAAAAAUCAGUUUACUUGAACAAUAGACAAAGCCUUUCAUAUUACUAUAAUACUUUGUUGUUUCUUUUCUUUUUAUUUCUUCUUUUUUUUUUAAGGAGUCCCUAUUUGCUAAAUUUCUUGUUGGUUAAUUAGCUAUAUAAAAUUCCUAAAAAUAUAUAUAAAUAUAAAUAUAUCUAUAUAUAUAUAAUGUCAGCUUGUGAAGCAUCAAUGUCAUUAUUAUUUUAUUUCUCUCGUGGGAAACAAUAUUUAGAUGUGUUUUGUUGUUCAGCAAAAAUGUCUUAUAAAGAAAAAAAGACAAGAUCAGUGGAGUUUAGUGCCAAAUUCUGAAGGUACUUCCUGCCUAGCGCGUCAGUGUAUUUCUUGUGAAAUUAUUUGAUAACAUGGGUAUUUUAUUAUAAGUGUUUUGUAUGGAUCCCUCAUAUUUAAAAUAUAGAUUUAAAAAAGAGUUUGUUAACUUGCUAUUCUGUGGUCUUGUUGCCUGAAAAUGUCAUGUUUGCUUUUUUUCUUUGUAAAGAUGUAAAACAAAAAAAAAGAACAAAAAAAGUGCCCAUGUGUCAUAUAUAUAUCUAUAUACACGCACACACGGACACGCACACACACAUUCUCGUGCAGACCUCACAGUUUACUUUCUUGUUGUGCAUGAGAGCCCCUGAGCGUGAACCCGCCUCCGCAGCGACCGCUACCGCCCCGCCGGCGUGCACACAAAAAAACGCGCACUGAUAUUUUUAGCCAUUGUACAGCCGUUUUAUUCAUCAAAGCCUUACCACAGAUCUUUGCACUCCUGUUCUCUCUCUAUUAGUAUAUCUCUCGCACACAGACAUCAGGCUUCAGCAUGUAUUGUUUUGAUUGUUUUCUCGCUGUCCGCCUCCUCAGACAAAAAUUGAGGUGAGAGUCAUACGCGAAGCCUUAUUUCUCCAAAUCCUCUUAUUGUCGGGUUCAAAAAAACAUUUCUGAGUUGUAGCCGGCGCCGUUUGUCUCAGACGGCGAGGAUCAUUACUUUUUCGUAUCACCUCAGACGAGCAUUUGCUUUCAUGAUGUAAGCACAGGGCAAGACGAGGAAGAAUAAAAGCACACACCUCCGUCGUCGGGUACAGAGAGGCGGGACGGUCCGGAGCGAGAUUUUCUCAACUUUCUUUUUUAAGUGGUUCUCCAUGUGUGAGUGUCGUGGGCCAAAAUCAUGUUUAGAUGCCAAAGUGUGUUAUUGACAUUCUCAUAGUCGAGCCGUUUACAUGGCACAGUGUUGUCAGUCGAUUCAACUGCCCCCGAUACCCCUCCCUGAAAGCCUAGUUUACGGUCUGCAAAAAAAAAAAAAAAAAGGCAGCAUUAUUUUCUACAGAAGCUCACCAGUCGCCUUAACCAGGGAGCGUUGUACCAGUAUUAUAAGACUAGAAGAUGUUGUCAGUCAGUGAUGUGUGCCAAGUCUAGGUUUGUGUACCUCCCACGUGUCAAAAGUCCGCCAUUUCGUCCAGCAGAAAGGCUGAAAUGGCCGUUUUGUCCUCGCGGCGGCGAAGGAGGAGGAGAGGAAGCCUGUUGGAAGGAUGCCGCUCCUCCGUCUGGCUGUUGUCUCCCAGGCUAACCGGGGUUAUUAGAAACAGGGCUAUGUGGAGAGACAUCUUAUUGGAAUAGCAACAGGGGAAAUAAAGUGGUUGGAGUUGGAGAGGAAGGGUCACGUCCGCAGGUCCGCACAGGCAAAACAACAGCCGAGAUGAAGGCGAUGCAGCUUUCAUUAUCCUCUCAAAGACCAAACUUUUAUCUCAUGGAGGGAGGCGAGCAGACUUUUUUUCCUAAAUGCAGUACACAACAUGAGCAGUGCCACAAAACAGCCAUAACUACCUGUAUGAGAGCUGGACAGUUAAUGUUAAUGGACCACUUUUUCUGACCAGCGUAUGUGCAGGUUUUUUUCACGCCGCUGCAUCCGAGAAUUGCACAUCGUCACCUCACUCUCUCGCACAACUUUUAUUCGUUACGUGUGGAGGCUACAUAAACCGUUUCAAGUCCGGCUCUUUUACGCGGCUGUGUGUGUGUCCCCCAAAAACUACGUUGCCAAAUGUCACACAGCCCGACGUCGUGCACGGUCUCGUGCGAAAAGCAUCUCGUCUAUCGUUUUCAAUGUCGAAGCACAAGAGGGUCGUAGAAACCAGGGUUCCUGCAGAGCGGCUCACCUCAGGGGCUGUCAUCGCCGAUGCUCGUUGUAAUCUUUCUAUCUUGUCACUGUUCACUUCUCUGUUCUCCUUCUUUCUUAAUUAUCUUAAGUGCUAUUUAUCAAACAAUGAAAUCUGAAAGGAACAAAAAAAAAAAACUUGUCGUUUCUUUGCAUUAUGGCUUAUGUCAAGUUUUUUGAGGAAAAAAAAUGUUUUGUGUGUUCUCUCUUUCCGUGCCGUAAAAAAAAAAAAGAGCUUGUUGUCUGUAGAAAAUUAUCCAAAUUUUUUAUUUUUUGUUUUUGUUUCUUUUAAUUCUCAAAAAAGUAGUUAUUGUCUUGAGAGAAGCCAAAGUCAAUGCAUUUCAGUGGAUCCUGUAAGCGUGAUGUAUGUUUGUUUGACAACACUUCGAAAUCUGUCACUGGAUGGGAUUUAAAAAGUACAAAAAAUGCAGGCUUUCCUAUUUCUACAACUGAUUGUACUUAUGCAUUUUGUACCAGUGGAAUUUUUUAUACUGGAGAUUAAAGGAUACAACAAAAAAAUCUUAGAAAAAAAGCUGUCUGGCCUGGUGGUGUGGCCUGACCCUGACUGGUCCCCGAGUAUGAUUUCUAGCUGGCAUCAAGGAAGUUGGCUUUUGAUAUAAGAUUUUCUAGAAGAUCUUUGGCUUUAUUUCUUUCACUUCUUUUUCCUCACUUGAGCGUUGUUCUUUCUUUCUGCCUUCCUUUUUACGUUCUUUCUUUAGUUUAUUUUUUUCCGAAAACAGAGGGUAGGUGAGUGUUCAUUUUUGCUUUUUAAAUAGUUCUAGCAAGUUUGUCUAUACAACAGCGGUAAGUUUCAUUUGACUUCUGUAUUGUGCCGUCUACACGAUAAGACAAUUAUAGAAAAAGAAGGAAUAGAAAUAUUUAGUCACCUUCAGUGGAUUAAUGUAUUAGUUUAAUAAAGAGAUCAACUAAUUAGAACUUUUUUGCUUUUAGCUGUUUAGAUUUUUCCGGUUUCUCUGUCCUUCUCUGUGAACUAACUGUGUAGCUGAAGCAGUCAGAAUUAUUUUUGUAAACGUAUGUUCUUGUGUGAUGCAGUUUUUUGCUUCUGUCUCCUAUAUUAAACCAUUUUUCCUAAUA